CAGACAGAGGCUCAGUCGCGAGUCGAGCGUCGCGUAGCGAGGUCCUUAGGCAUUGGUACCGUACUUGCUUCGGUCACGGACGGUUGUCGAUCACAUACGUACACAGGGACGUGAAUUUUGGCGACAUCACGGAGGCGCUGACUGAAUCGUGAUCGGCAGACAUUUACUCGGAAUAUACAAGUGCGAGCGAGUAUACGCUGCCAAAUUCACCAAAACGGAGAGCCGGCAGUAACCAGCGCGACUACACCCUCCGACGACAACCGACGAAAUCGGAGAGCGAUCGGCGAUACCUAACUGAGAUAUCUCCGUAUCAACUUGGAGCCUCCGUCGGAUCAGGGAAACGGAAACCUCGACUGCGACGAUCCGUUAGACUUCUCUGCACCAUGCAAACGAACGGCUCGGAAAACGGGAGCUCCGAUAACGGUGUCGACCGGACUGGCUGGACGGUGGGUUUGAUAAACGGACAGUUCAAGUACCUGACGGCGGAGACGUUCGGUUUUAAGAUAAACGCGAACGGUGCAAGUUUGAAGAAGAAGCAGCUGUGGACGUUGGAGGGAAGCGAGCAACAAGUAUUCCUGCGGUCUCAUCUCGACCGUUACUUGGCCGUCGAUCAGUUCGGCAACGUCACUUGCGAGGCCGAGGACACCGCCGAUCCUGGAUGUGCCUUUCAAAUCCAGGUCGCGUCUGACGGAAGCGGCAGAUGGGCUCUGAGGAACAUUCAGAGGGGCUACUUCCUCGGUUCGAGUCAGGAUGAGCUGAAAUGCACGGCCAAGGUUCCCGGCAACGCCGAAUACUGGCUCGUUCACCUUGCCGCUCGACCUCAGGUGAACUUGAGAUCAGCGGGCCGUAAGCGUUUCGCUCACCUGAGCGCGGCUCAGGACGAGAUCCACGUCGAUGCCCCGGUGCCGUGGGGCGAGGAUACCUUAUUCACCCUGGAAUUCAGACCGUCCGCAAUGCCUGACGCAGGUACGACGGAUGGAAACUCGACCCGAAGCGAGGCCGGUAUCGGUGGACACUACGCUCUUCAUACCUGCAACAACAAGUACUUGGCUCGCGACGGAAAGCUGCUCGACUACUGCACUCGCGACUGUUUGUAUGCCGCUGAAUUCCACGCGGGGAUGCUCGCCCUCAGAGACGUGAGCGGUGCCUACUUGGCCCCGAUCGGCAGCAAGGCGGUACUCAAGUCCAGAUCCAACACCGUUACGCGCGACGAACUCUUCUCGCUUGAGGAUUCGCUGCCGCAGGCUUCUUUCGUCGCUGCGUUAAAUCACCGCUACGUAUCCGUUAAGCAGGGGGUAGACGUGACGGCAAAUCAGGACGAAAUAUCGGGCCACGAGACGUUCCAGCUGGAGUUCGACCGAGCGACGAAGAGAUGGUACCUUAGAACGAUGCAGGACCGUUACUGGACCCUGGAAGCCGGCGGCGGUAUCCAGGCCUCGGACCACAAGCGGUCGUCGAACGCCCUGUUCGACCUGGUGUGGCAGGAGGCCGACGGCACCGUCGCCCUCCGAGCGAACAACGGAAAGUUCCUCGCCACAAAGCGGUCCGGACACUUGUACGCCAAUGCCGACGCCGCCGGGGACUCGGAGGCGAGCAAGUUCUACUUUUACCUGAUGAACAGGCCCGUUCUAGUCCUGCGAUGCGAGCAGGGCUUCGUCGGCCUCAAGAGUAACGCCAGUCCCAAACUCGAGUGCAACAAGGCCUCCUACGAGACGAUUCGCGUCGAACGGUGCGACCGCGGCAUCGUCCGAUUCAAAGGCCAAAAUGGGAAAUACUGGCACGCGGACAGCGAGGGAGUAACGUCGGACGCUGACGUGCCGUCUGACGGGUUUUAUCUCGAGUUGCGAGAACCGUCGCGCAUUUGCAUCAAGUCGACGGAUGGCAGAUACCUUUCGGCUGGUAAGAAUGGGGUAUUUCGCCUUGGUGACACGGACUACGAAUCGGCGACAAAGUGGGAAUUCUAAUGCGUGUAGUACGCGACCAUUAAUAUUAUCCAUAUUAUUAUCAAAUAUACAAGAAUGCAUUCUUUGCGUAUCUCGGCGUCGUUCGUCUCCGCGACUGAUUAUACGUAUGAAAGAAACUAUAUCAAAAGCAUUACCAACAACGGACAAUGUCGUAUGUACAACACUUCCACAUACUUUCCUCGAAUUUCAUACCGCAGUAUACGCGCACAAAGCUGUAUGCAAGGAAUUGGGGGAGGUGAGACGAUUUUAUACCGCGCAUACAUGCAUUUUUAUUAUUAUCAUUAUUAUAUAUUAUUAUUAUUAUCAUCAUCAUCAUCGUCAUCGUCAUCGUCAUCAUUAUCAUCAGCACCGUCAUCAUCAUUACUAUACUUAUUGUAAUUAAUAUAUAGCAUAUGUGUCGGUACGGUUACACAUUUUUGAUGGGCAAUAACUAUUGAAAGAAGUAGAAGAGAACGAGGUAUUAUAAUUCAGGUCUCAUCUCCAAUGCUUACGGUGAAAUUGGAUAUGAAUACUAAUAUAGGUAUAGGAUUUACAAGCUCUGGUUUUUCAUUUGUUGCUUUGUCCUGGGCCCACCACCUGACAAUGUAGAUUACCACGAAGCCACAUACGCGCUUUUUCUGUGACAGCUAAUAUUUCGUGUAAUUAACUGUCAUCGCCCAAAGUGACCAUUUCUUUUGACAAAGACAAAAACCAUUUGUACGUGAUACCAACGAAAUUUUCAUACUUUUCUAUGCCCCCGUAUAUAGUUACAUAAAUUUAUACCUACGUACGAAAAAAUUAGCUUCGACAAUAUAGAUAAUCGGAUACAUAUUACGCAGUAUGCUACUAAUAAGGAAACUUUGUCAUUUUGCCGAAAUGAUAACUUCUAAACCUCGGAGAAUUCCCAAGAAUAUUUCUUUAUUAUUUAUGCGGUAAGAGAGUUUGUGAUUAUUAUUAUUAUUAUUAUUAUUGUUGUUGUUGUCACUAUUAUUACUAAAUUUGCUAUUAUUUCGGUCAAUCUCCCUUUACAGUCACGCAAAUGAUAGAUUAUAUUAAUCAUAAUACUGAUUACUGGUGUAUUUUACUUUGUAAGACUCUAGAACUUACUUGAUGUCUAUGCUAUCGUAAUUAUAUUCAGGAUUGGUUUUCUUAUGCAACAAAAUUUCUCUUUCGUGUAAAUACAUCAAUACAAUAUCCACUAUGCAUUAUCCACUUCUACUACAAUUAAUACCAAUGUUGAUGAUGAACACGAGAAUAAGACAAAUCGUUCCGUAAAACCAUUUGAUACUUCAUAUGAAAAUUGAGCGGGUUGUAUAGAUUGUUACUUUGUAUGUUCAAUGCGUAUCAUAAUACUUGAUUAUCAUUAUAGUCGCUAUUAAUAAAAUUUCACUAUUUUUGCGAGUUA